CCCCCAUUAUAGGUCAUCACAAUCAGCAUCGCACAAACUUCUUCAGACUCACAUGCUAAUGGCUAUCACACGCUUCUCAUACUUCAUUCUAGUUCUUCUUUGCCUGUCUUUGCUUCACUUAGUCACUUCUUUCCCUUCUGCUAAUGGUCAGAUUGAUUACAAUUACAACUAUAAUUACUAUGAUAGGUCAUGCCCUAGUUUGGGAAUGAUUGUCAAGUAUGGUGUCUGGGCUGCUUUCAAGAAUGACACCAGAAUAGCCGCAUCCCUCCUCCGAUUGCAUUUCCACGACUGCUUUGUAAACGGCUGCGAUGCUUCCAUACUUCUGGACGACACAAUUGAUUUCAGGGGAGAGAAGAAUGCUCUUCCCAACCGCAAUUCAGCUAGAGGAUAUGAAGUCAUUGAAAGCAUCAAAGCAGAUGUUGAAAAGGCUUGCCCAUCAACUGUUUCAUGUGUUGAUAUACUGGCUCUUGCAGCAAGAGAAUCUGUCCUCCUGUCAGGAGGGCCUUAUUAUCCUCUUUCAUUGGGCGGGCUAGAUGGAUUGACUGCAAGUGAGAAGGCAGCAAAUGAACAAUUGCCAUCACCAUUUGAACCACUAGAGAACAUCACUGCUAAGUUCACAUCAAAGGGUCUUGACAUUAAGGAUGUUGUAGUCCUCUCAGGGGCACACACCAUAGGUUUUGCUCAGUGCUUCGCCUUCAAGAGGAGGCUCUUCGACUUCAAAGGCACCGGCAAGCCUGACCCCACACUUGAUUCUUCGGCCGUGGCAAACUUACAGGGCAUGUGCCCAAAUAAGGAUGCAUCAAACAGCAAACUAGCCCCUCUUGACUCUGUAAGCACAUACCGAUUUGACAAUGCUUAUUAUGUGAACCUCGUGAACAGAACUGCCCUUCUUGAAUCUGAUCAAGCUCUCAUGGGGGAUUCCAAGACUGCUGCAAUGGUUACUGCCUACAGCUCAAAUUCGUAUCUUUUCUCAGCUGAUUUUGCAUCAUCAAUGGUAAAGAUGAGCAAUAUUGGGAUACUUACAGGCAGCAAUGGGCAAAUUAGAAAGCAAUGUGGGUCUGUUAACUAAAUAUAUGUGAUGUGAGUCUGUUAAUCAUGGCACUUCUGUACCUAGUUUCUUUGGGGCUCAAAAUGUGGUGCUCACCUAGUGGAUGCAUAUGUGAUAGACAUGCCAGUCUUUUAAUAAAAACAAGUGUUUAAGUAAUGAUUUGAA